AUGACUGAUCAACAACAAAAAAAUAACGAGACUGCCGAUCAAAUGUUUCAUGGAGUACCAUUGAAUGAUAUUCCUAAUCUUUUUCAAGCACCUCCCACUCUAAAAGAUAUGCAAGAUAUUAAUGAUGUUGGUCACACAUUUAUGAUCAAACCAUUCAAAUAUGAUCCAUCGAAUCCUAAUCUCGAACCAGAACCAAUUCAUGGAAUGGGAAAUUAUUUUGAUAUAUGGAAUGAUGAUCAUGUUCAUUUGCCAUGUUCGCCAUUUAAUGUAAUGCCACCACCAUUAUUACGCAUUGGAACCCAUCGUUCCGUAACUAUGUCUCAACGACAGGCUGCUUCUUUACUAGCUUGUGCCUUUUUUUGUCUUUUUCCUCAUCAAUUUAAUGAUCAAAUUAGUAACCAACAUCAAACAUAUCAGAGCAUCAAUUUUAUCCAUCUUUUUCGAAGUGGAUCACCCUGGAAACUUGAAAAACUGAAAUGUAUUUUACAUUAUUUUCGGCGCAUCUGCGAAGAUAUGCCAAAAGGUGUUCUUACUUUUCGACGCUUUGCUCUUCCCGAUGUUUGGAUACCGAAAUGGACCGAAUCACAAAAACCACUUUGUAAAAUUCAUCUAAGAAAAGAUACAACUAUCGAAGAUAUGCAUGGUCUUUUACAAGUUGACUUUGCAAAUGAAUUUAUUGUGAGAAGUUUACAGGGUGGUGGUGUGAUGAAUGAGGGUAUUGUUCAAGAAGAAAUACGUUUUACUAUUUGUACUGAAAUGCUUGUUAGUGUACUUAUAUGUGAAGUAAUGCUAUCAAAUGAAUGUAUCUUUUUGAUUGGAUGUGAGCAAUAUGUAACAUACGCUGGUUAUGCAGAUACAUUCAAAGCUAAAGAUAAUUUUAUCGAUAAAACACCCAAAGAUAGCUGGGGUCGAAAAUUGUCUCAUGUCGUAGCUAUGGAUGCAAUUAAUUAUUUAAAUCCUCUCAAUCAGUACACUAUUGAGAGUAUGAGUCGAGAAUUGAUCAAAGCUUAUACAUGCUUUCGUAUACCGAAAUCAAUGGAAAAUUUCAUGUUCGGUGUAGCCACUGGAAAAUGGGGGUGUGGUGCAUUUAAUGGUGAUGCGCAGCUCAAAGGUAUGAGUUAUCAAUAG